GUCAGAAAGUUUAGCCCUUCUUGGUGGUCGAAUGCGCCUGAGAAGGAAGCAAUGACCAUACAAUAAUAAAGAAGAGAGAAACAAUAAUAGAGAAGAGAGAACAACGAACAACGUUAUUUUAUUGUCAUGUUCUGGUCAUGUAUAUUUAUGAGUGAGUGACAGUUGCGAGUUGUGACGUGAUUUGUUGUUUUAUUUUUAUAUGGCUCACAUAUAAACUUCAUCUGAGACUUUAUUCAAUUUCCAUUCCAAUAGUGUUUAGUGUCUGUACUUUCAAAUCAAAGAAGCACAGGUUACAAGUUACGAGCGAUUAGUAUUCAUCGUUCUACUUUCAAACAUGCAAGUCAGACAGCUUUCCACUCAUUAAAUAUGCUUAUUCUAUGGACCAAUCUAAAGACAUAUUCGGAUUAGAUUCUAAAUACAAUAUUGAUUUCCAAGAAGUUUUGCGAUUUGGCAAUGAAAAGAAAAAAGUAGCCCGGCGCCGAUGGGCUAUUUUGGCAAAAGCAUUAAAGAGUCCUUCGGAAAGCCAGCCUUCUAGUCCAACUGAUGAAUUUUCAGUUCGUCGAAUUUCCUCCUUCAUGCUCUUGAAAACACAAGAACUUCAUGUAGUUCCCAUAAUGUCACCUGAAAACCAAUACUGCGACCAAUUCAAAAAACGUACUUGGUAUAAAUACUCUACACGUGUAAACGGCACAGAUUAUUUUAUAAAUGUCGGCCAUAGAAAUCGUACAUUUUCUGCUGAAGACCUAAUGGGAUUCAAUAACACCGGCAAUGUUUGUAUUUGGCCAUCAGAGGAAACCCUCAGCUACUUUGUUUGUUCAAAUUUGGGGCAUUUCUUGAAUAAAAGUGUAAUAGAACUAGGAGGAGGUAUGUCAUGUCUAGCAGGACUUUUUGUAGCAAAGUAUGGUAACGCAACAAGUGUUACAGUCACCGAUGGUAACAAAUUAUCUGUUGAUAAUGUACAAACUACUAUCAAAUGUAACGAGUUUGACAUUGAAGUCAAGUGUCAUGUUUUCAAAUGGUCUUCGUUCGAACCGAGCUAUCAAUAUGAUGUUAUUCUAUGUGCUGAUUGUCUAUUUUUUGAUGAUGCUAGAGCAGAUUUGAUUGAAUGCCUUUGGAAUUGCCUUGCCAAUGAUGGAAUUGCCUAUAUUAUGGCUCCAGAAAGAGGUGACACAUUAGACAAAUUCAUAUUGCAGUCUGAAUCUAGAGGUUUUAGUUGUAAGAAGAUUGUUAAUUACAGUACUGUUGUCUGGGAAAAACGCUUAGCCCUUUUGGAUAAUUGUGAUUACAAUGAUAAUAUUCAUUACCCUGUACUUAUAGAAGUGACCAAAUUUUAAGUGACCUUAGUAAUUAUCGCAUAUAUACCCGUCACAACUUAUCAUAUAAGAGACCAUAUUCCUUAUAUAUCUAGUCUGAUAUUCACCUUAUCUGUGAUAAACAAUACCAAUUUCC